UGCACACUACUUACUAGACUUUCUAUUAGGGCUCGCUCUACCGGAGAUGAGGAGAAUUCUAGCUCAACGACGCUGGACACCUCUCGGGAAGAAGUGGCUAGAGAAUUGUCGAGCUUACAGCGUUCCAGCGUCCUCCAAAGUUGUAAGAGAUGAACGCUUUGCAACACUGGAUGAUCAAGAUAUCAAGCACUUCUCCGGGAUAGUGGGAUCGAAGGGCCUGGUUGUGGACAAGGAUGAAUUGGAAGUGGCCAACACGGACUGGAUGAGGAAGUUCAAAGGAUCCGCUCAGCUCCUCCUUCGCCCCCAAUCUUCAAAUCAAGUAGCCGAGAUCCUGAAGUACAGCAGUUCGAGAAGAAUUGCUGUUGUUCCUCAAGGUGGCAACACGGGGCUUGUUGGAGGAAGCGUUCCUGUAUUUGAUGAGGUUAUAGUCAAUCUAGGAGCAAUGAACUCGAUCAUUUCCUUCGAUGAGGUCAGUGGUAUUCUCAUCUGUGAAGCAGGCUGCAUUUUGGAAACACUGGACAAAUUUCUUGCGGACAAAGGUUUCAUGUUUCCCUUGGACCUCGGAGCCAAAGGAAGCUGCCAGAUCGGAGGAAACGUUUCUACAAACGCAGGUGGCCUUCGUUUGAUAAGAUACGGGUCACUGCAUGGAAACAUUCUCGGCCUUGAAGUUGUAUUAUCAGAUGGAACAAUUCUGGAUAUGCUAUCGAGUUUAAGAAAGGACAACACGGGCUACGAUUUGAAGCAACUCUUUAUUGGAGCCGAAGGAACACUUGGAGUGGUGACUAAAGUGGCUGUGCUGACACCACAAAAGCUACCUUCCGUGAAUGUGGGAUUUCUGGCGUGCACAGACUACACAAGCUGCCAGAAAAUGCUUCUCGAAGCAAGGAAACAUCUCGGCGAAGUGCUGUCGGCAUUUGAGUUUAUUGAUUCGUUUGCGCUUGAUAUGGUGCUAAAACACUCCGGACAUCGUCAUCCACUUCCCGAUGCCAAGGAAAAAUUUUACCUUCUCAUAGAAACCACAGGCAGUAAUCAGUCACAUGAUAAGGAGAAGCUAGAUAACUUUGUGGAGACUGUUCUUACACAAGGACUCGUUGUCGACGGCACAAUCGCACAGGACAACACUCAAAUAUCAAAUUUCUGGCAUAUAAGAGAGGGAAUUGCCGAAGCCCUGGGGAAGGCUGGAGCAGUGUACAAAUACGAUCUCUCAAUACCGAUCAAAGACCUCUACAAUCUCGUGGAAAUUCUUCGUGAACGACUCGGAGGAUUAGCCACAGUGGUAGCGUACGGUCAUCUCGGCGAUGGAAAUCUUCAUCUAAACAUCUCCGCUCCAGACUACGACGAAAAGCUUAUAGCAAAGAUAGAACCAUUCGUGUACGAGUGGACUGCGGCGCACAAAGGCAGCGUAAGCGCCGAGCACGGGCUGGGCUUCAUGAAAGCCCACGCAAUCCACUACAGCAGGAGUCCCGAGACGGUAGAAUUGAUGAGAAAGAUGAAAGCUAUGCUCGACCCAAACGGAAUUCUUAAUCCCUACAAAGUCAUAGCGUGAAAAAAAAACGAAAAGAAAAGACACGUGUACUGUCGAGCUCAAGCUGUACACCGCGCGAGACUACCGGUUAAGAUGAAAAAAUUGUGCCGGGCAGUACUGUUGGAGCUUAAGUAGCGUACCGCGUGGUACUAUUCGAGCUGUAUACCGCACGGUAUUAUUGCCUCCCAUUUGCAAUGUAAGCGAGUAAAUGCCCGCGCUCUCUACAAAUGCCGCGCGGCGACUGUUUCAAAGAAGCCUUCCAACGGCGCUGGAGGCACUGAAACACAACCUCUUCCACCAAUGCGGGCAAUCCACAGCGCUAGCCCUCGCGAGAAUUUUUCAGAUCACAUUGCUUAUGUUGUUUCCUUGAUUGAUAAGUUUUGAUGCGAGCAUUUAUAUAUAACAAUUUUU